UUUCGACCUCUCUCGGUGAUUCGACUUCGACAACCCCGACCCCUUACGACAACCACCAUUUUCACCCACCGUCCCGGAGUCUGUCGACCGAAGCCUUCGCCAUGGCCGAUAUCGAUGUCAAGGUUGCCCAGUGGAAGCUGGUUGAGGUUGGCCGCGUGGUGCUGAUCCGCCGCGGUCCCUACAUUGGCAAGCUCGCCGCCAUCGUUGAGAUUGUCGACCACCGCCGUGUCCUCAUUGACGGCCCCUCGACCGAGCAGAACAAGAUCGUGCCCCGUCACGUUCUCCCUCUCGCCCACGCCACCCUCACUCCCUUCGUCAUCCCCCAGCUGCCCCGCUCGGCUGGUACCGGCCCCGUGAGAAAGCUGUGGCAGAAGAACGAGAUCGAUGGCAAGUGGGCCAAGAGCAACUACGCCCAGAAGACUGAGCGCACCGAGCGACGGAAGAACCUGAACGACUUUGAGCGCUUCAAGGUCAUGAGACUCAGGAAGCAGGCUCGCUUCGAGGUCCAAAAGUCCCAGGCUAAGCUCCGGGCGGCUGCUCCCAAGUCAUAGAUGGAUUUCUUGUUAUGAGGGGCUCGGUGCAUAGUGUGAAAAGGGUGCCUUGGGACGGGUUUGUUUUAAAACAAUGCUGAGGAAUUUAUUUGAUAUCAGCAAACCAACACGCUGUAUGCAUACCACGGACAGCAUAAAAAUCAUUCGAGACCUUGAUAUCCUAUAUCCUAACCAGAUGGGGGAUUUCCACUCGUACAUGAGCCGAUGGCAUGUCUUUUCUGGACUAUUGCACUACCUAUCAAUAUCUGGAGAUACGAUCUAGACAGGGAGAGUGGAACCAUCCAUGAUAUACGAUCAGAAAUGGAGUACUCGCCGUAAUUAUGAACAAAAGGGCAAAUAUCC